GGCAGAAGCAAGUUUUAAGAAAGGCCCCGUUGCCCUGUUUGCCAAGCUGUUGUAGAUCUUGCAAGGUCUACUACUAUAUCUGUCUGUCAAUCCACAGUGCCAAAGAUGUCGGAUGACGACAUUGGCAAUCGGAGCGAUGGAAAGGACAUCCGGGAACAAGAAGGAAGCUACAUGGAUGCCUGUAUGUUUGUCAUUGCCCGCAGCGUCUAUCGGAAUCGAUGGCCUCUGGUGAUUGCCUGGGGCGUGGUCACCUUCUUUCUGACUCCACCAGCACUUUACUUGGUGCUUCGGAAGACAGUGGGCAUGGACAAGACGCCGCCCGCCGGCACCCAGAGUGCGGCAGCGAUGCAGGUCUUGGAUUCGCAGUUCCACAACGCCUCGACCAAGCGCAUGGAGAUGGUCGUGAUGAGAUGCAAAAGCUGGUGCGUGGACAUGGAGCACAACGAGGUGGCCCAAGUCUACGCCAAUCAGAUCAAGGACCGAGUCGAGCGCUUUGGCCUGGAACACCCAGGCUCCCAGGUCUCGUUCCAGUCCUACUUUGACUUUGUGGGACAUCAUCAGCUGCUGAAUCCCUUCAAGUCCAAAGACCAGCAGAGCAUCCUGCUGAUGUGGACCUGGUCGGUUCCGGUUCAGCUGAAGCAGAAGGCGGAGGACUUCGUGGUGUCGCUGCGGGACUUCAUCGGUUCCAUCGACGAGUUCGGAGGCACUGGUGCCAUGGAGGUGAAGUUGACGGGGAACAUCAUCUUAGACCACGAGAUGAAGGUCUCAAUUUUCGACUUCACCUUGCACGAAGUGAAGACCGUUUGGCUUCCCAUCCUGAUUCUGGGAUAUGUCCUGCGAUCUGCACGGCUCUUACUUCUGGCAUUGACGCCGAUGCUCUUCGAGAUCUUGGUCGGUUUCGGAUUUCUGUACUUUGUGUCUUUGAGCGGCUUGAACAUCAGCUACUAUGCGCUGAUGAUCAUGUUGAUGCUCAUUAUGGCCCUCUCGUGGGACUAUGCACUCUUCAUGCUCACCCGUUACAAGGCCGAACGUGAGGCCGGCGCCACGGUGGAGCAAGCCACGGUGCAGAUGGUGGCGAAGAGUGGCAGCAUCGUCGUAGUCUCAGGUGUGGUGUUGUCGAUUUGUUGGUCCGUGAUGUUGGGCCUCCCCGACAUGUUCAAGACCUUCGGCAUCGCCGCGGCCUCCGCGAUCAUGGUCUGCGUCUUUGCACAGCUCACCUUCGUGGCACCGGUGCUGGCGAUCUUCCCCUGGCUGGGCCCGGAGGCCGGAGAUCCCAUGGAGGUGGAGCCCCUGAGCCCCACAGGUGAGGCGAUGCGGAAGGUGGAGCAGUUCCGACAUGGGGUCUACUAUCAGAUCGGCAAGUUUCUGACGAUGUUCCCAUGCAACGUCAUCGCGUUCACCAGCAUCUACGUGCUGAUGAUGCCUUUGACUGCCCGAUUCCUCCAGAAUUUUGACCUCACCCGCUUCCAGUUCACUGAGAUGGGUCACAGCUUUGAGAUGACCAUGCCACGAGGAUCACGAGCCUUUAACACUUCCUUGGAAAUCGUCCAGGACUUCGACUUUGACCUCACCCUGAUGCCGGUGCUCAUUUUUGCGACCAACGCCGUGGACGAUUUUGCACAGAGCGCUGGGACAGUCUCUGCACCACUGGUGAACGAAAAUCUCUUUCGAUUGAACUGCGAGAUGAUCCGCACGUUGAUCUUCGAGACCUCAGGGCGUCCCUACGCGCUGGGCGCGAAGUCCUUCCAGACGCCCAGCGUGCCCAUCGACAAGAGCUAUAUCCAUUCGGGGCCCUUUGCCAAGAAGGUCUUCAAGGAUCUAUUUGGACAGCUGGUUUGCCCCAGUUUGAACGAGAUGAACCUGGUCCGGAAGAGCUUCUUCGCGCGGCACGUGCUCUUGACACAGACCUCAGAGCACUUGGAUGUCAUGUGGCAGGAGAUGGUCCGGAAGAAUGCCAUGCUGACGGUGGUGAACCCUGCCAUCGAUCCGCUGGGACCUUUAGCCUUCGAUCUGGAGCGAAGGAUUCAGGAGGUCUUGGAAGAGAUGCAACGGCGUGGCCAAACAACGAUCCCACAGCUCAGGUAUCUCACCUUCUCUCCGGCUGCGGUGGUGACCGAUCUCAUCAACGUGACCUCCUCAGCCUUGCCCGGGUGCUUUCUGGUUUGCGUCUUGAUUUGUUUUUCGUUGAUCGCCCUUUGGUUCAACGCCUUGCUGGUGCCUUUCAAGCUCUUCAUCACUGUGGUGGUCCCUGUAACCUGGACCUACGGCGCAGCCUUCUACGUCUACGAGGACGGCGCGCUGAGUUGGCUGGGCAUUCCAGGCUUGGCGCCGACCAAGAACGAUGGCCUGGAUUGGACGGUGCCGGUCUUUAGCUUGACCUUCUUGAUUGGCCUGGCCCUCGACUACGAUUUCUUUCUCUUUGAGCGAGUCUUUGAGUUCCGCCUGGAGGGCUUUGGCGAUCGAGAAGCCAUCCAGCUGGGCCUCUCAGCGACUGGGGGCACCAUCUCUGCAGCGGGGCUCAUCCUGGGCUUGACCUUCCUGGCUCUGGUGCUGACGUCGGAGCUACCAAUGAUGAACCAGCAGGGCUUUGUCUUCGUGUUCAGCAUUGUGGUAGAUACCUUCUUAGUGCGGACUUUGGUGGUUCCAGCCAUGCUGUCCAUGUCUCCCUGGCUAAACUACUGGCCGAGGGAAAUGCCCGACCCGAUCUACGAGUGGUUGGACGAGGAGAACAAGCCCAAGUUCCGCCUGAGUAGCGUGGGGAGCGUCGAUUCCGACUAAGGGCUGUGUCCACGAGUUUGGCCCUGAA